AAUCAUAGAGAACUUAAAUAUAAAGUGGCAACUCAGUAAAAAGUCAAGUCAGCUGUCAACUGUCAAAUUCAUUCAUUCAAGUUUUAUUUGUGGAAAGAUCUUAGUCAAAAUGCAACCGCAGAUCUUAGUUCUGAAGGAGGGGACGGACCAGUCCCAGGGCAAACCCCAGCUCAUCUCCAACAUCAAUGCCUGUCAGCUGGUUGUAGAUGCCGUUCGCACCACCCUCGGCCCUCGCGGCAUGGACAAGCUCAUCGUGGACCACAACGGCAAAGCGGUGAUCUCCAACGAUGGAGCCACCAUCAUGAAGCUGCUAGACAUCGUCCACCCCGCUGCCAAGACACUGGUCGACAUUGCCAAGUCACAGGAUGCUGAGGUUGGUGAUGGUACCACAUCAGUCGUGAUCCUUGCUGGAGAGCUCCUCAAGAGAUUGAAGCCCUUCGUUGAAGAGGGUGUCCACCCUCGUAUCAUCGUCCGAGCAGUCCGCACGGCCGCCAAGCUGGCUGUGGACCGCAUCAAGGAGCUUGCAGUCAAGAUAGACAACAAGUCGCCGGAGGAACAGAGGGAACUGCUGACCAAGUGCGCGGCCACAGCCAUGUCCUCGAAGCUGAUCCACCAGCAGAAGGACCACUUCUCCAAGAUGGUGGUCGAUGCUGUACUGUCCCUGGAUGCUCCGCUCCUGCCCUUGGAUAUGAUUGGUAUCAAGAAAGUGUCAGGUGGUGCUUUAGAAGACUCUUUCCUGGUCGCUGGCGUGGCCUUCAAAAAGACCUUCUCAUACGCCGGCUUCGAGAUGCAGCCGAAGACUUACGAUAACUGCAAGAUCGCUCUGCUUAAUAUAGAGUUGGAACUUAAAGCCGAGAGGGACAACGCUGAGGUCCGCGUGGACAACGUGAAGGAGUACCAGAAGGUGGUGGACGCGGAGUGGCAGAUCCUGUACGAGAAGCUGGCCGCGCUGCACGCCAGCGGCGCCAACGUCGUGCUCAGCAAGCUGCCCAUCGGGGACGUCGCCACGCAGUACUUCGCGGACCGCGACAUGUUCUGCGCGGGGCGCGUCCCGGAGGAGGACCUGCGUCGCACGCAGCGCGCGUGUGGCGGCGCAGUACUGAGCUCUGCGCGGGACCUGCAGCCCGCCGCGUUAGGGGCCUGCCAGCACUUCACCGAGAGGCAGGUCGGCGGGGAGCGGUACAACAUCUUCACCGGUUGUCCCGCCGCCAAGACGUGCACUCUGAUCCUCCGCGGUGGCGCUGAACAGUUCCUGGAAGAGACGGAGCGUUCCCUUCACGACGCCAUCAUGAUCGUGAGGAGAACUAUCAAGAACGACGCUGUAGUCGCUGGCGGCGGAGCCAUCGACAUGGAGAUCUCCCGCGCCCUGCGCACGCACUCGAAGGGCGUCGCUGGCAAGGAGCAGCUGCUGCUGGCGGCCGCCGCGCGCGCCUUCGAGGCCGUCCCGCGCCAGCUCUGCGACAACGCGGGCUUCGACGCGACCAACCUGCUCAACAAGCUGCGGAACAAGCAUCACAACGGCGAGGUGUGGUACGGCAUCGACAUCCAGAAGGAGGACAUCGGCGACAACUACGCGUCGUGCGUGUGGGAGCCCGCCAUCGUCAAGAUCAACGCGGUCACCGCCGCCUGCGAGGCCGCCUCACAGAUCCUGUCGGUCGACGAAACGAUAAAGAACGUGAAAGGCGCGGACAUGCCCACGGCGGGCGCUCCGGGCCGCGGCAUGGGUCGCCCACGCAUGGGCUGAGCUUCUUACUACCCCACACUACUCAUAACGCCUUAUAAACCACGCCGUCUGUUCCCAAACUCAUAUUUUCUCACCUAUCGUGGUGUUAAACCAAAUAUUUUAACAUGAAAUCUUUAAGAGGAAGCAAUCACUUUUAGGAAGAUUUUUGCUUGAACUUUUUAUCUUUCUAAGACCAAUGGAUUGUUUCUCCAGUUUCCUAAAGUUAAAACGGGUCCCAUGACACCCUAUCGCAGACUAGCACUUGUCCUUGACAGUCAAUCGUUUCCCCGGGACACACGGGUUGUUGUUUAUCAUUGUUGACCCUGGUUUACAGUUUACUGUUGCAAUGAUGGGCAUGUGUGGUGGACUUGUCACAACGCGCUAAGCCUCAGGCAAUGCAAAGUCUCUGUUACCCAUAAGUUUUAGUUUCCAACCCGUUCAGUUUUGCUGAAUUUUUGUUGAAUGUAAAGUCACAAAAGAUUUUAGUUACUGAAAAUUGUAGCAAUUUUAAUGCUGGUUAUUAAAUAUUGCUGUAUUUAUAAAGCUGUUAAAGCAUUUCUAAGUCGUGUUCGUCAAAAGCCAGUGAAUUUUGCAUUUUUCUUUGAAUUGUAAAGCGUUUAUUUCCAUUUUGUAUAUUUAUUGCAUUUGUGUCGUAACUGGAGCAGGCGAGUGGUGUUCACGCUUAGUACUAAGAUAAUAUAGUAUUAACUAUUAUUUUAAUAAUAAUAACUAUUAAAUAUUCAAUACUA